AAUGUUUCGUCCGCUACGUUUGCUAUUAGAUUUGAUCGUUGUGAGUGAUUAUUUUAGUUAAUUGGGGACUGGAGCUGACUCAAGUACGUUGAGACCGGAGUAGAAGCGACGGUUUAACGAAUUUGCUGCGACGACUGAAUUGUGUUUUUGUUAUGAUUUUGGAAAUUGUUUAUUGAGUCGAUUUUGUUUCAUUUUUGAAUACGAAAAACUGGCUAGAAAUGGCGUUGUUAGGAACUACACGAGUUUUAUUUAAAAAUGCAGCUCCAACUCGAAAAUUAAGUUGUUCCUACUCGAAAUUCACUGCCAAUGUGCAGCAAGCAGCUAAGCCAGCAGCAAAUGCAGUUGAAACGCCGAAAAUCGAGACGAUAACCCAGACUUCACCACUGACAGAUAAGUUCGGGCGACAUCACACUUAUUUGCGGAUCUCACUGACUGAGCGCUGCAAUUUGCGUUGUAAGUACUGUAUGCCUGCGGAGGGUGUUUCGCUACAACCAAAAACAAACCUAUUAACCACUGAUGAAAUUUAUUAUUUGGCACGCAUAUUCGUAGAGCAAGGAGUACGCAAGAUACGUUUGACCGGAGGAGAACCGACUGUUCGCAAAGAUAUUGUCGACAUUAUUGCAAAAAUUAAAGCAAUACCAAAACUGGAAAGUGUUGGUAUCACUACUAAUGCGCUUGUGUUGACGCGCUUGUUGGUGCCCAUGCAACGUGCUGGCCUAGAUGCUGUUAAUAUAAGCUUGGACACAUUGAAACCACAUCGUUUUGAGGAAAUCACUAGGCGACGUGGCUGGGAACGCGUCAUAGCUGGUAUUGAUUUGGCAAUACAAUUGGGUUAUAAACCAAAAAUAAAUUGUGUGUUGAUGCGCAAUUUUAAUGAAGAUGAAAUCUGUGAUUUUGUCGAAUUCACUAAGGAUCGCAAUAUCGAUGUGCGUUUUAUAGAAUAUAUGCCAUUUAGUGGAAAUAAAUGGCACACUGAACGUCUAAUAUCUUACAGAGAAACAUUGGAACAAAUACGUCAAAAAUGGCCAGAUUUUGCAGCUUUGCCUAAUGGUCCAAAUGACACGUCUAAAGCGUAUCAUGUACCUGGUUUUGCGGGCCAAGUUGGGUUUAUAACAUCAAUGACUGAACACUUUUGCGGCACAUGCAAUCGAUUGCGUUUAACAGCAGACGGUAAUAUUAAGGUCUGCUUGUUUGGCAAUAAGGAGUUCUCACUACGCGAUGCUAUUAGAGGAAACUGUUCUGAAGAUGACUUAGUUGCUUUGAUAGGUGCGGCAGUUAAGCGAAAGAAAAAGCAGCACGCAGCCAACACCAACACAAUUCUACAUACAAUGUUUAAGAGACAUUGUUUACUUUUCGGCUCAUGGCAUCAUGACAACAAUUUAAUAUUAAGUACACUUAGCACGCAAGGUAUCACACAUAAUCGUAUAUCACCACAAAUGAGGAACUAUUGCAUGCAAAGAGAUUCGCAACUGACACACGUCGAUGAAACCGGAAAAGCUAAAAUGGUUGAUGUUUCCAAUAAAGAUUCGUCUAAGCGUGAAGCUAUAGCAAGCGCAUCCGUCAUUGUCGGCCCACAUAUAGCGCAUUUGAUAAAAGAAAAUAAUAUGACCAAAGGUGAUGUUUUGAGCGUGGCAGAAAUUGCUGGUAUACUUGGAGCAAAAAAAACUUCUGAAAUUAUUCCACUUUGCCAUAAUAUCACAUUAACAUCUAUUAAUGUACAAGCAGUACUGAAUAUGGAUAAGUAUUGCGUAGAUAUUACUGCCAGUGUGAUCUCUUGUGGGAAAACAGGCGUUGAGAUGGAGGCUCUAGCAGCUGUCACUAUUGCUGGACUCACAGUGUAUGAUAUGUGCAAGGCAGUAUCGCACGAUAUUACAAUAACGGAUAUACGACUAAGUAGCAAAUCUGGUGGCAAACGUAACUUUAAGCGCAAAGAUGUUUAAAAAAUACAUAUACCCUUCAUUUAUGUGUAACUAUGUUCGCAUUCAUAUUGUUUGUAAAAUUUUACAUUAUUUAUAAU